GGGCACAGGAAGUGGAGAUAGCAAAGUAAAUUCUACUGUAAACCUCACUACUGUUACCGACUCUCUGGUUAUGCUCAAAGGAAGAGACCAGCAGUGGGGCCUCUGUCAGGAAAGGACAACAAAGGAUCCUUGCAGGAAGCCAUGGCAGCUGAAGCAAGUGGACGGGCAAAUUCCAUAGCCAUUUCGGCAGAGAGGACUCCAGGUCCUAAUGUCAAUGGAUUGGAGGAGCCCAGCCUGGCCAAGAGGCUGCGUGGCACGCCUGAGCGCAUUGAGCUGGAAAAUUACCGGCUGUCACUGCAGCAGGAAGAGGAACUGGAAGAGGUUCCUGAGGAGACCCUGGCAGAGCAUAACCUGAGCAGUGUACUAGACAAAGGAACAGAAGUGGACGUGCCCAGCAGUAGUUCAGAAUCUGAGAUGGAGGAAGAGGAGGAGGAAGAAGAAGAAGAACCGGAGCAGCCACAGCUGCCCACCUCAGACCUGGGAGGUGUGCCAUGGAAAGAGGCUGUGCGAAUCCACGCUCUUUUGAAGGGAAAGAAUGAGGAAGAGCUUGAAAGUCAGAAAAACCAUGAGGCUGAAGACCGGGAAGAGGAGGAGGACGAAGAAGAGGAGGACGAAGAGUCUAGUGAAGAGGGAGAGUAUUACCCUUGGGCAAGAGAGCUCCAGCAAGGCCUCUGGCUUCAACGUCUCUCAAAUGAAGAGGACACGGGUACUUUUAAAGCUGGAAACCUGAGGCUACAGCAGAUUGUAAAUCCGAUUGAUCCCCUGGAGAUCCUGGCAGAUGUGCACUGGACACACAUCCGCGAGAAAGAGGAGGAGGAAAAAAUGGUCCCAAUUUCAAAGUCCUCCACCUCCAGAGCAUCCGACCUUCCCUCCGUACGCCGUGAGGCGGUGCAGGCAUGGCUGGAGACGGUCUCUGGAGCCCCAUUUGAGGAGAAUAAAGUGGAGGAUGAGGUGGGCACAGAACCAGCAGAUACAGAAGGGGAAGCAGGCGAAGAUGGAGACACAGGUGCAGAGCUGGAUGAUGAUCAAAGGUGGUCAGAUGACACCCCAUCUGAUGCAGAAGAUGAGUGUCAGUUACCUCAAGGGGACAUGGAACAGCCAGAAUUGAAAGUCUCUGAGGAUGAGGGUGAGCGAGAGGCCACUGCUCCCUGCAGUCUGACAGAAGAUCCAUGCAAACCCUCCACCCCCAUCUGGUCACCCAAUGAGACCACUGUUCCUCUGUCCCCAGUUGGUAGUCCCAGUACAGAACAAAUAGAGAAGGCAAAGGAUCCCCUCACGGCACUGCCCUGCAUGGACAAAUCUCCAGAAACACGCUUUUUUCCUGAACCAUUCCUCCUUGAAGAAAGUCCAAAAGAUGAAAUCCGUGAAGAUCAGAAAGUUAAAAGCCCUUCUCUCUCUCUCUCUCCAAUACGGUCCCAACCAGUUGCAUUGCCAGAAGCCAUCACAUCUACAUCACCAGUGCAGUCUCAGACAGCAGCACCUGUGUUGGCUUCAUCCUCCCCCUCUGCCCAGUUGCCUAUCUGUUCCCAGCCUUUGCCAUCUGCUGAAGCAUCCAUUCCAUCUCCAGUGGGACCUCCAGUGUGCUUUCAGCCCGUACCAGCCUUAACAUCCACCCCUCUGGCCCAGCUUGCCCUAAAGAGCCAAGAUAAUGAGGUGGAAAAAUUGGGGAGCCCUACUACUGCAGAAGAAGCCCUGAAACGGAAUAACCUCGUAGAAGAGUUCUGGAUGAAGAGUGCUGAAAUCCGGAGGAGUCUGGGGCUUACUCCAGUGAACAGAAGCAAAGGGUCAGAGCCUAGCUUCACUGUCUCAGCCCUUGAGUCAGCUCCGCUGAGUGUUUCAGAGGAGGAGGGGAUCCAUCUUCUAAAACCCCAGCCUGCCCCAAGAAGGCUGAUCAUGUCCAAACUAGACAGUGAGCAGAUAUCUCUGCUGACUCCAAAAUCUCCCUCAGACAAAGAGCUGAAGAGUUCCAAUGAAGUAAAGAGAGACUUGUCCAGCAGCUCUGGAUUGGGUCUGCAUGGGAGCUCAUCCAACAUGAGGACAUUGGCCAGCCAGAGCUUCAAUACUUCCGACUCCACUAUGCUAACUCCACCAUCAAGCCCUCCCCCACCACCUCCUCAAAAUGAAGCACCAGCAACUUUGCGUAGAAAGAGGCAUCAGACAAUUUGGCUGAAUGAGACAGAGUCUAAGCCAGCACCAACACCAACAUCUCCUGCACCCUCACCUAAUGAGCACAACCCUCCUGCCAAAGAGUCAACCCAGGUCUCAAAAGAAGAAGUGCGGAAGUCAUUUGUGGAGAGUGUGGAUGAGAUUCCAUUUGCUGAUGAUGUGGAAGACACUUACGAUGAGAGAACUGAGGAUACAAGUCUUCAUGAGAAGUUCUUUACACCCCCUACCAGUAGGCCAAGGCCAGAGAAGCCUCUUCACCUGCCAUUGGUCAAAGAGAAUGGUGGACCACCAUCAAUGGAAGGAGGAGCGAACCAAAGAAAGAGAGUGCUGCCUCAAAUCUCUCCAGAAGCCAAGGAGCUAGCUGAGGAAAGAAUGAGAGCCAGAGAGAAGUCUGUAAAGAGUCAGGCAUUGCGGGAUGCCAUGGCUAAGCAGUUGUGUAAGAUGAAAGAUCUGGAGGCGGCUGCAGCUGCUGGGGCCACCAAGGCACGAAAAGCCUCCUCCAUGCCCUUGAAGCCCAAAGAGAGGGUUUUUGAGUCCUCAGCACAUUUGGCCAUGAAAGUACCAGAGGGCCCCACACUGAAACAUAAUGCUGCUAAUGAAAAGUUCCUCUCCCCCCCUGCUGACGUUGCGGGCCCCGAAGGGUCUGUCACCUCCUCAGAGGGCUCCAGUGGGAAAAGUAAGAAAAGGACUUCUCUCUUCUCCCCUCGUAAGAACAAAAAGGAGAAGAAAUCCAAGAAUGACAGCCGGCUUUCUGACAAAUCCAGUGGCCUGGCCGAGGAGGCCACCAAGCCCAGAUCAUUGUGGAAGUCUGUUUUCUCUGGAUAUAAGAAAGACAAGAAGAAAAAGACUGAUAACAAAUCCUGCCCUAGCACUCCCUCAAGCGGUGCCACAGGGGACUCUGGGAAGCACAAAGUCUCUCCAAUGGUUAGAGCAGCAGAUUUGCAGCUCCGUCGACACUUGAGUUUCUCAGAGGACUCUGACCUCUCCAGUGAUGACGUUCUCGAACGAUCUUCUCAGAAAUCCAAGCGAGAGAGAGCCUACACUGAGGAGGAGCUGAACGCCAAACUGACCAGGCGAGUGCAGAAAGCUGCCCGGCGACAAGCCAAGCAGGAGGAACUAAAGAGGUUACACAGAGCCCAGAUCAUCCAACGGCAGCUGGAGCAGGUAGAAGAGAAGCAGAGGCAGCUGGAAGAAAGGGGAGUGGCAGUGGAGAAGGCUCUUAGAGGAGAAGCAGACUAUUGGGGAGAGUCUUAUUACAGUGACCUCAUCGACUUGCACCUGGGUGGCAUGGGGAAGAAGGAUGAUCCAAAGCUGAUGCAGGAGUGGUUCAAGCUGGUGCAGGAGAAGAACGCUUUGGUGCGCUACGAGUCUGAGCUGAUGAUAUUUGCUCGAGAAUUAGAGCUGGAAGACAGGCAGAGCCGGUUACAGCAGGAACUUCGGGAGAGGAUGGCAGUGGAAGAUCACCUGAAAACAGAUGAGGAGCUAUCAGAAGAGAAGAGGGUCCUGAAUGAGAUGCUAGAAGUCGUGGAGCAGAGAGACUCUCUGGUGGCCCUCCUUGAGGAGCAGCGGCUUCGAGAAAAAGAGGAGGACAAGGACCUGGAAGCUGUUAUGCUGUCCAAGGGCUCUAGCUUGAACUGGUCCUGAGCUAACAUACUCACCUUUGCUGGUCUGUGCUAUCCAGUUGGCCUAUGCUGAGUUUGCCAGAACUACCUGGAUCGAGAGAUCUUGAGGGAGAAACCUUGUUAGGGGUUCUGCAGCAUGCAGGAAUUCAGUUUGAAGCACCCAGAAGCCUUUUGAUAAGUGGAUUUGGUUCUAGAGGCUUGGGUCCUGCACAACGUCUGCAAACCAAGCUGAAGACGAUGGCCUGAGAUUGCACAGUCUCCUUGGGGUCCUGUACAAGGGGCCAUUAGGAUUUGUGAUAUGAGGGAAAAGGGUAAACUUUUUGUGGAGGGAUUUAUUACCUUUUCAUGGGAAAAAACCCUUAACCAAACUGGAUUUGCUGCAGUCUGAUCUCUCUCCCUUUUUCACUAUUAGCAUUUUUUUAAUAAGAGGGGGAGAAAUGGCUACCCUCUCCUGAAAACCACAGCAGCCUGUAGCAGUCCUUUUGGGAGUUAACCAGCUAAAGGAGAGCUCCCAAAACCCAGAGCAGCACCUUCUGUUUUAUUAUUCCUCCCCACCAAAGAAACAAACCUGAGGCGAACAUAAUGUAUGGAUGUGAAGGAACACUGGAAAGAGAGAACAUUGGUGGUGUGUUUGUUUGAAACCUCUUCUGUCCAUCCUGUCUUUUGCGGAGACAAGGGCCUCAGAGGAGACACGCUCACUCUCUCUAUCGUACUCUCCAGAGUUAUGCUUAUGAGAAGAAGAGUAGAAAAAGAGUGGGGAAUUCUCACCCACUUGGCUACACACUGGACAGAGAGCUACUGCUGGUCUUGUGUCUUCAUGGCCACUGUUCAAAGGCCAAUAAGUUUCUCUGGUUUGUUUUUUGUUGCGACCAUUUUGACACUGGAAAAUAUUGACUUUGUGGGACAAUGGUAAGUGUUUUGAGGGGGGAAGGGGAUCGUCAAACGGCAUUCCCUGGCUUUUAAACCCAGAGAGGGAGCCACCUCUGGAUGAAAUGUUGUUGAGACUUUUCCGUGUUCGUUGUUUUUCCCCUCUCUUUUUCAUUUUUGCAUGUCAGAAAUGAAGCUUAAGACCUGCCUGGGUCCUCAGUCACCUUGACCCUUUUAUGUCAAUUAACUUAUUUUUUUAAUACUUGAAAGAAGAUUCAUUUUUGUACCUUUUAAGAAACAAAUGGACAAGUGAGUGAUGGGUGUGUGCCUGCUGCAUCCCACAACCUCUGCUUCUAUAUUACAGGACUCUUGUAACCUGUGACUAUUUAUUAGUAUUGUUAUUAAUAAUGUUACUGUUAGACUUCUUGGGUCGGGGAGGAGUGUGUGUUUUAACUCUAGGAGAGCAAGACACUACCACAGAUUGGUCCCUGCUUUGCAUACAGGGCAGACUUCAUGGACUCAUGUAUGCAUCCUGCCCUAGCCAAGUCCUUUUUAUGGUGAACUCCUGCACAUCUAUGGAGUUGUGAGAAUCCAGUAGUGUUCAUAGCAGAUAUUUCCUCUGUAUCCCGGAUUCCUUCUUUCUGGACUAAACAACCUGUAAUUUAUUUGAAUACCAUUAAUAGUUUGUAACAAGAAAACCAAAAUUGUGACCUAAAAAUUAUCCCCCUACCAAUGUCUCCCUUCCACUUAGAGGGUGAACCCUGCCAUUGUAAGAACUGCCUAGAGUGACUUCCAGUUUAGCAAAUUAGGCAUAAUUCUUUCUGCAUCGCCAAAGCAGGCUCCUUUCUGCUCCACUCCCAGAGCUGCUGCCUUUGAUUCAGGAGGGUGCCCAUUGUUCUCCUACUUGCAGUACUGGGCAGGACAUACACUGAGCAAUCCAGCUACCAUGCUGGGAAGGACUCUGCCGUCUGUCACCAUUUGGCAGACUCCAAAAGUACACUAUAUCCUUAACCCAUCCCACUGGGCACAGGGCAUGAUGCCAGGCAUCCCUCUUAACUUUGAAUUUCCUAGCCAAGUUUGGUUUGUGUCACAUUCUUAGCAUGAUCCAUUGUUAGUGUGUUUUUCUCUGGGGUUUAACAGCAAAGGAAGAUAGCUAAGCUUGCUUCCCCUGGUAUCUGAGAGCGAAUGUCCCAUUCCCAAACAAAUCCAUACAGCACCAUUGAGAUUGCUGACAGGAAAGGCUGGUGGUGGAACAGACACACAAUCAGUGGGGUCCUUCUCAUUUAAUCUUCUGCUGUAUCCAAAAGGGACUCUCCCUUCUGCUUUGGGGAGACUUCUUGAGUUACUCGCCUAGUGUUCAUAAAUGACAUGGAUCCUUCCUUUUUGGCCAUCUGCUCCCUCCAGCAAAGUCCUCUGGUUUCCUGUGGGAGCUUGGAGGAGCCCCAUGUCUGUUUUCUCAACUUCGCACCACUGUUAGGGACCCAUGCCAUGCCCACUGUACUUCAAGCAGAGGAGGAAUGAAUGGGACACUCUUCAGAGACCAUCUGCAAAGCUGUUUAGUUGGCUGCAGAAACAUACUUUCUCUCACCCGACCCCAGCCCAGCUAGCAGGCGCUGAGCAAGCAGUCUCCUGUGCUUCCUGCUCUUUCCAUCCCUGGGAGUAUGUGACCACAAAUUAAACCUAAGGUUUAGCACAGCAAUGCAGAGAGCCAGCCACUGUGUUACUUAACAGUGCACAUGCUAGGUAUCCAGAGCAAAACUCCUGUGAAGUGCUGGCAUUCCAGUGGAGUGUCGGCACAUAGACCUUCACCUGUCAGUGUAGUGAAGGUGCAAGCUGUAGCUGAAAUUAGGGUAGCUCUUGCUGCCUGUUUUCCUAAAACCAGCCUCGACCCAUUUUAAUAGCACACAGUGUUUGAGGAACACAGCUAAUUUUGGACUGGAGAUUAUUAAAUAUGCACUGCAAAUAAAAAACCUAAAAGCUACCCUGCCCUCAUUUAUGCUGUAUAAAAAGAGCCUCUUGACAUAGUAUUUUUUUAAAUUGCUGGUGGCUUGUUAUAGAAGAAAUAUGAGGUUCUCACUUUUCUCUUUGUGCUGAUGGACUUGAAUAGUGAUGUCACACAAGGUUCUAAUGGGACAACAGCCCUCCCUGCCCCCAGCAAAAGGGUGGUGUGGAGAUGCGUGUUCUUAAACUCUGCAACCCUUCAGGUCUCACUGGCCUCAGAGGAGAAAGUAAGGACCUAAUGCAUAUGUAAAAAGAAAAACAAUUUAAAAUCAAAAUUGAGGCCUGUUUUACAUCAUAAAACUGUAAAGGGCACAUUUUGUAUUUGCAGUUCAGUUAAUUUUUAAGAAAAUCCAACACAUAAGCACUAGUUUUUAAUUAAAAAUAUUAAUUUUUUAGAAUGAAAUAUAGAAGCUCUUGUCACCUGAAACCAUCUGGGUGCGUAUUUUCAAACUGCCUUCUUCGCAACUGCUUCUGAGCAAGGUGUUCUACAGAGCUGUCCCUUGGGUAGGGCGAAUUGGGGCGACCACUUUGCGGGGCCCCGCAGGCUGGCGCAAUUGACCAGUGCGGUCAGUCAUGAAAGAGAUAAAUGUCACUUCCGCCCUGGGCCCUGCUCCCCACUAGGGAUGGCCCUGGUGUUCUAACUCUUUGAGCUAGUAGAGAUGAUAACAGCAAAACUGUGGCAAUGUUCACUCAGUGAUACGUGCUGCCUUGAAUGUGAGGGAGGCCAAAGGCCUUCAGCCUCGGAGAAAUAUGCAUCUAUUAGUACAAGUGUGUGCCGCCAUAGAUGGUACUAACCAGACCAUGGGCUGGCUCAGCAGUGGGGUGAAAGCUGAGUUUGGAACCUAAGCUCCAUGUCUAUUCCUAAACUGGCUGAGACUGGGGACAUGCAGGAGGCAGGAAACUCAGUCCCUGAGGAGGAAGGGGUCCUAGGCUUCAGACUGCUCAGAUGUGGAUGGAGGACAAUCCAGCCCUGGACUAGAGGGACAGGUUCAACCUAACGUGAAGCCCUAACCCUUGCUGAGGAGAAGAAAGAAUGAAAGAGGAAACGGGGGUGAGGGAGAGUCCCCAACCAAAAGAAUUGUUGUGUUUUUUUUUUUAUUAUUUGGGGCAAUACAAAUAAUUUUAAAACUGAUUUCCAAACAAAAAUCUCAUCUCAUGGGAACGAGAAUAUCUUUCAACAUGGAUUCCUUUUUAAGUAAUUCACCAAUGACUGUAAAAGCCACCAGGGUUGUGUCCCAAGCUUCAACCCAAGCUGCUGCCCCUGUGAUAGGUGGCCUGAAGCUGCUCUUUGAAAAGAAACUUGCAUUUCAGAUGAAAAAUGGAUUUUAGGAAUUGGAAGAGGAGUAGGGGUUGAUUUGAGAUUUGAAAAGCAAACUGCAUUGACUAGUUAUAAUCCCUUAGGGUGUCUCUCUGCCGCAGGGGGGAGAGAGCCUCCCAGCCCAGUAGACAGACACAGACUAGCUCUGCAUGAGCUAGCAUGCUAAAAAUAGCACUGUAGACAUUGCAGCACAGGCUAGCCACCCAAGUACAAGCCUGUCUGAGCCAGGGGGCUAGCCCCUGCUGCCACGCUUGCCGUAAUGUCCACGCUGCUCUUUUGUGUGUGUCUGCCUGAGCUGGGAGGCACCUUCCAAGCUGCACUGUGGACAUAACCUUAGUGCCUGAUCCUGCAGACAACAUACUGCUGGGCAUAGCAGUGACCACUGUGAGGAGUCCCUUCAGGGGGACAACACAUUGUAGUAAGUACUAUUCUUGAUAAGUCUUUGCAGCAUUGGGUGCUUAGCUAAAUAGAUGUUACAAAAUAUUUCAAGCCAGCUUCUAGAAUCCCUGUCACUUGUUCAGUUUCUCCAACACAUGGGUAUUAUCUUUCUCAGUAGCACCUGCCCCUUUGAUGCUGCGUCUCCGCUGGGAUCUCAUGAUGACUCAGAAUUGGGAAGUUCUAGAAUAUGAUAACAAAAAUACAUAUCUGUAUAAGACUUGCCUUACAACUUUGAAGCUUUCCUGUACUUUCCGAUGGCAGUGCUGAUCUCUUCAACCCUACGUUAAUUCAUCCUGGCUUCUUGUUUGGUAAUUCAUUGUUUUUCAAUUCUGUUCAAGAUAUUUAACAUUUAUUUUUUACUCAUUUACUCUUCUUCCCACCGAACAUAGGAUCUUUCUUCUUCUUGUACUAUAGUCUCCGAGAACAGCUCCCACCUGAAGCAAGGUGAUUUCAGGAAUGUGACAUCAGGAAUGUGAUCUCUGUUGGGAGCACAGUACCCAGUGUACAGCCCUGCCUGCUGUGGGCGGUUGCAUGCAACGAGCUCCACAGCUUUUAAUGUCCAUUCUCUGAAAGUGAGCAUUAAAAAUAGACCUUGAUGGCAGUACGCUUAGCUCCUGUGGUCAAUCACAAAUGCUCCCUCCCGCCUCAGCCUCAUCCAGUAAUCCAUCCCUACCCAGACAGAGUCUAAACUACAACAAUGCAGGAAUAAAUAGGGCCCUAAUGUUUCACUAAGGAAAAACUCCUGAUAUCCUUUUCCUUUAACAAUUUUGUUGCUUGUUCAUGAGUGUAUUGGUAUGAGAAAAGUUGCUAUGGUUAAGUAAUCCUGAUUUUAUACGCAUGGCUGAUGCAUUGUGCCCUGAUUCCUUUGACUAGUCUUAUAAAAUGAAAUUAAAUAAUCCUCAUCUUUGAGAAAUGACUCCUGCUACAGGUCUCUCUGCAUCAGAGAUGUUCCCCCAAUCACUAGAAAGGUUAAACAUUCAUGAAUUGCUCAUGCAAUAACCACUCUGGAUCUUGCCCACCUCUUCCCUUUGUGAGCGUCUGAAAUCUCAGAGGUAGAACAGCAAGAGAGCUAAAUACUGGCUUCAUAUUUACUAAUGCACUUUGUGGGCUGAGCUGAAGAACCGCUGGGGCCAGCUCAUGGAGUGACAAUGUGUGCUGCCAGGAGUUAAGUUCCCCUCUGCCUGGGAUGGAGUUCCCCUGAAGUACUGGACAGAGUCAGACUCCCCUGUACCUAGAGUGGGAACAGACUCCUCCACUCUGAGGAGCAAACUAAGAUGAGGCCAGCGCUUGUGCUCAGGGCUGGGAUCAGAUUGAGAAGAGGGAUCGUCCUUUCAGAGGGGCAAUUUGGCAGCCUGUCCUUCACUGCACCUGUGAAUCGUGAGAGUCAGUACAACUUGGUGAGGCCCAAACCCUCUAAAGAGCUGUGCUUCCCUACCUAUACCAUGUCUGCUCUGGAGAUCAUUCCUCCAGAGAAAAACUGUGCAAAAGGAAGGACAUGAAUAUCUUUUAGCUCUAACUUCCAAACACAAUUUUGUCUUUUUAACUUAACCAAAACUCCAUUUGUCCAAUUAUGGCUGGAGAGAGGCUCCUCUUCUUGCAAACUCCACUGCUAAACAUAUCAAGAUAGGAUUAUAGAACAACAGCAGGUUUUAAAACAGUCACGUGAAUCUGUUUUUCUCUCCCUCUGUCUCCGCAUUUCCUGUAAAUAUUUGUUUGUGUGUUGGCUGUACAAACACCAAUGGAUCCUUGGUUCACCCUGUGGUCAAAAAAUGAGUUUUGCGGUGUCCAGGCCUCCAUCAGAACACAGUGCUUGCACAGAGCUAGUUAGCAUGUUUGUCUGCACUUCGUGGUGGUUUUUAAUAUUUUAUACAUCCUAAUCAAGAACAUUUUAGAUCAUUUGAAAGGUCUAGAUUGCAUGAUCUGGAGCAGCCAUUGGUUCCAUUUUUUAACAGUUGAUCCUAAAACAUUCACCACCACCUUCUUCGGUUAAAACUUUUAAAAUGAAUUUUUGAUUAACUGUUUACAUCAGAUGCUGAUGGAUAAGAAGCAUUGCAUAAUUUAAUCUCAUGUAAAAAUGUGAAAAGCCACAACAUGGCUCUCAGGAGUUGGAACUGUUACCAUCUGCAAUAAAAAGAAGUCUCUAAGUAUACCAUGAAACGGCCUGUAUAUAAUUCAUGGAAGAAAGCACUUCCUCCUUGGCUGAUGCACGAUAACAGAGAUUAGACGCUUUCUGAAUGUUCCUGCUUUUGGAGAUGCUUAGAACGGUGCUAUAUAGGCAGUGGAGCUGAACAGACAAGGAUGUCAUGAAAGGUGUAGAUGUGAAGGAGAAAAUGCCAUGUUAUGAUGGCACUGCAGUAAUUUAAAUAAUUUUCUCUCUCUCUCAUAUAUAUGUAUGUAUGUAUAUAUGUGUGUGUGUGAAGUCCAGUCCAACUGAAGGGAUUUGCUUUGGCACCUUCCCCUUGGGAUGUGAGUGAACUCUGAUAUUCAGACUGUUCAAGGCUUUUAUAGUCGGUGAGUGUGGAGUGUUAACAGGAAAGUGUGUACCCUACAUGUAUAAAACACCCAGCCUGUUUUCUUUGGUUUGGUUGUGUUUUAUUUUUUGUUUUUUAUGCACACUUGCUUUGUUGGUGUUGAGAUUUUAGCACCUCAGGUGGCCAACUGAACUAAAAAAUAAAGUCAUUCAUUAUUUUUUUCUUUU